AUGGCGAUGUGGUGUACCAUUCCGGGCGCUUCGCUCCUUGCGACCGGCUACAUGGUCAGGCACUACCUGAUACGCCGGUGGCGCCUAAUCUUCCCGAAGGAGCAAACCUUGGGAAAGAGGCUCCGGAGCGUUGUGCUCUGGGAGGCCCUGGCGUGGAUAAUCCUCAUCUCCAUCACCGUUGAGGAUGCGGUUUUCGUCUUCAUGAAUGACACGAGCAUGACAUACCAGAACUACCACACCGACAGCAAGGCCGGCUUCGCUGAAGAGGCCAGAGCAGACUUCGCUUUCGCGCCGAUUUACAUUGUCAACAAUAUCUGCCUCCUGGGAGCAUUUCUGCUCCUCCGGGUCCUCGUGAUUCAGUCGGUGGAGGUGGCAGCCGAUGUGCACAUCCAUAAGGUUGCAGCCAGGCUAGAGCCGAAGUUGAACAACUUCAAGCACGCUGGCAUGGGGAAGAGGGCCUACGAGCUCUUGCAGAGGCUGCAAGAUGCAUUUCCGGAUUGCUAUCAGAGAGAGGACCCGCCCGUCACCAUUCACGAUGUCACGAGAAACUGGGAAACCACGGAGACAGAUCUCCGGGCAAUGACCUGGGCAUCUUCCAUCCUGCUGUUUAUCCUCCUCACCUGGCAGCAGCUCUCCGUCUUCUACGGGACAAAAGUACUCUGGGAAUGGCCGCAAGCGCCGGAAUGGACGAACAAGCAGCGUACCUUCCUGCUUGCUGUAUUCCUGCGCACCUGCUUCGCGGCAUCUUCCUGGUACCACCUCAUCCAGGGCAUCCUUUGCACCACUGCGUGCAUGAAGGGGAAUGCCUACCAGCUCCUCGUCUUCACCACUUUGACCAACUACUCCAAAGUGGACACCUGGAGUAAGAAGGAUCGCUCCAGCUUGAAGUCUAUUCUUUACAGCAAUCAUAACGCUCUGGGCGGACUUCCGAGUGACGAGGAUCUCCAGCGCUGCUUGGACGAGGCGCUCGGGAAAGAUCGGCUGGAUCUCAUGUGCCUCGAAGACAUCAAAGCUUGGUGGGACCUGCGCCGCUACAUACAGAUAGACUUCAUGGACGAGAGUGCCAUGAUGGACUACUGCGGUGUUCUUACCAUCAUACUUCUGAUCUGCUUUGGAAUUGCAGGCGUGCUGGACUGGAUUGCUCACGCGGAUCCCUGUUCCCCAGGACUGCUUUUGAUCCUGGUGUUGGCUGCUUGCCUCAGCAUCAUCAUGCUGGACGUGAUUCAGGUUUGCAUCGACAUCAAUCAGAUCCUCGAGCGCGACAGCCUCGUGCUGGUGGAUGCGGCCGCCGAUGCCAUCCUGUCGAAACGGCCCGAUGCUGUGGAAGUCGCAACCCUGCUGCGUGCCGUUGAACGGAAGGUAGACAUGUUCGAUGACCGGCAGCAGGUCCUUGGGGUGCCCAUGACCGCCAACUAUCGGAAUGGGUGGAUUCUCUCCAUCCUGUUCGCCGCGCUCAGCGCUCUCUGGGAGGUGAUCAAGACAGCAAGAACGGACUUGCUCGACUUCGUGGAGUUGCAAGAUGACGUGUGGUGGAACGUCACGACCUGGCUCGGCCACUUAUUCUGUGGGGACGAGCUCUUGCAGAAUCAGACCAAUCACACACUGUAG